CUGUCCAUAUAAAUGCAAGCACGUGUACACAUACGCUAUCUCCAGUGAAGAAAUAUACAUCUGUUUCAGAUAUGAUUCCAAAAUGUAUGAUGAUGUACACAAGAUGACGCUACCAAUCAGUAUUAGAACUAUGUAAACAACACACCCAUACAGCUUUCCUUAACCAUUGUCUAAUCUACAUUUCACUGUUUCAAAGUACAAUGGCUAUCUCUGUUGUUUGUCGAGGUUAGUUUAUUCAUGUUACCAUGAUAUUGGAUAGCAUGCCGCGUGCUCGGUAUUAUGGCGAACACCACACUUAUCAAGCUAUUGCGAAACAUUUGCCGUUGUCUGUCUGAUCACGUAUAAACGUUCGCGCUCCACGGAUCAACGAAGAACUGAACACAGGUUGCUUGGCGGCCCAUCAUGAAGACCCUUCUGAUUCUGUUCUGUGUUGCUGGACUGUGUAAGACAGUGCACAGUUCCUGUACAGCAUGUGUGGUGGGCACUCCCAAGUCUUUGUGCACCGAAGAAUAUAUCCCUUCGGGACCUGAAAGUAAAGCCUGUGCCUCCAUCAGCCAGGUACUGUGCAAGACGUACGGCAACUACGAAAUCUUCUGUACGACAUUGACAACCGAUGUCCACUGCAAGAAAGUAGGGUACUGCAGUGGUGCCAGGUUGGCGCCUGGCCUGGUCCUCAUUUCUGUCGUCCUCGCUUUUGUAAUCAAGAUCGUGCACUGAUAAACUGCUUUUGUCGCAUGAAAUGAAA